AUGGGUCGGGGACUUCCCAACCACUUGGCUUCACUUCUCCGCCACCAUGCGCCGGAGAAGCCGGCUGAGGAGCAAGUGAAAGCAAAGGAAACUGGGCGAGCGGCGCGAAGGCGCGCUGCACGAAGCAAGCGAAAGAUCCAGAAAGCCGAGAGGCAUAGCCAGGAGCAGGAGAAACGGCGUGCCAGGAAGGCGGAGCGAGCAAACAGGCUGGUUGCCCAGGAAGACGCGCAGCCCCCUGUUCAGGUUGCAGAAGUUCCCUCCGAAAUACCAAAGAAGCGGCAAGGAAAGAGUAAGACAGCCGUGAAGAAUGUUAAGUUGAAGAAAUCCGGCAACCCUCCAGGUCCAAGGGCCUCCGGGGUCGAGACGUUGUUCGAUCCAGAAGGCGCAGCGAGAGAUGAGGCGCUUAUGCGCAAGCUGGAGAAAAAUCUUGGGAUCGCACGGGAUCCAUCCAAGAGGAAGAAGGAGGAACGCCGGAUAUUCGAGGCACUCGGCUUCGAUGCUGCGGGUACUGGCAUGGAAGAGCCACUCUCAUCGGAUGAGCAGGGACCCGAAGAGGUCCCCAGCUCGCAUGGCCCUGCGCCUGCAAAUCGCCUACCAGCCGAGGGCGACUCCUCUGCAGAUGCCAUGGCGAGUUUGCUCGAGACCAUUCUCGGAGGUAAGUCAUCGGCGACUGAAGCUGAAGCAGCUGGCCCCAAGAAGAAACGCCGUGUAGCGAAGUCACUGAAGAUGGCACGUCGCACUUGA